AUGACACGUUAUUUAUUAUUUCUUUUGACGAUUAUUUUUACUCUUAUUUAUAUACCAAAAAUAUCAUCUAGUGAUUCAAAAUCACCAAUUAUUUUUAUUCCCGGAAGUUUUUGUAGUCUUGUUGAAGUACGUAUAAAUACAACACUUCAACCAUCUUGUCCAAUAUCUUUACAUAAUCAAUGGAUACUUCUUUGGUUAAAUAUUCGAUUUUUUGAACCAAAAUAUUUAACAUGUUUUCAUAAUAUAUUUAAAUUCAUAUAUAAUUCUUCAUUGAAUUCAUUUGAAAAUCCAUCUGGUGUUGAAACACGUAUUAUAUCUAAUUCAAUAGAUGAUUCUUUUCUUAAUGGUCUUCUUUGGGAAUAUAUACAAUUAGAUAAAUUUCUUUUUCAUUUUAUAACAAAUUAUAAUUAUACAGAUGGUAGAAAUAUUCAUUCAUUAGCUUAUGAUUUUCGACGAGGUACAAAUAAAAUAUUAUCGAAUUUUAAUAUUAAUUUAAAACAAUUAAUUGAAUUAACAUAUAUUAAAAAUAUGAAUAAAAGUGUUUAUUUAAUAAGUCAUAGUACAGGUGGUUCAAUGAUAUUAUUUUUUCUUUCACAACAAUCACAAUUAUGGAAAGAUAAAUAUAUACAUGGAUGGAUAUCAUUAAGUGGAAAUAUAGCUGGUGAAAUUGAUAUUAUUCAAAAUUUAAUUCAAGGUUUUCUUUCACCUAUUAUAUCAAAUGAUAUUAUUCAAACAUGGGAUUCUUUUGCUUGGCGUCUACCUGAACCAAUGAUUUAUGGUUCUAAUAGAAUAAUUAUUAAGACACCAUCAAAAAAUUAUACAUCAUAUGAUAUGUUAAAUUUUUUACAGGAUUUAAAUGCUAAAGAACUUGCAUUAAUUUAUCCACAAACAUCAUCAAUAUUAGCAACAUUACCACCACCUAAUGUAAAUACAUAUUGUUUUUAUGGUGUUAAUAUUUCAACACCAAUUGGUUAUAUAUCAAAAUCAGAUCAAUUUAAAAGUAAUGAAUUAGAAACUAUUUAUGGAUGGGGUGAUGGAGAACAAGAUGAUACAACAAAUAUGUCAUGUCAAUUAUGGAAAAAUACAAUGGAUAUUAAAUAUAAAUUAAUUUUAAAAGGAUUUAAUAAAGUCAAUCAUUUAGAACUUGUUGGAAAUGAUUAUGUACUUGAAGAGAUUAGUCAAAUUAUUUUUUCUUGA